GCAGUGAAGGGAAGCGACAAGGUAGGCUGUCAUUCUGCACGAGCUGCCCAGAACAAGGUCUCCUAAGCAGCAAAGCUGCUCCGCUUCAGAUCGGCCGAACCGUUAUGCUGUCUCUGGAGACACGAAGCCUUCAGUAUGUUAAAUUACUUUCAUUAUGCAUUUGCAGAUGCUUAUUGAUUCUACGGUCGGAAGUGGGAGACUGCAGCAGGCUCCGAGAGCAGCACUGCAUGCUGUAUGCAUGAGCACAACACUGAAACAAUGGCACAGCAGAAAUACAAAUAUUCAUUAAGGUCCUGUUUUGGAGUGAUGCUUUUCACCCUCUUUCCCCUCUACUCUGCUAACAAGUGAGAAAAUGAUUUUUUACAAAACAAAAGCAAUGAAUCCCUCCCAACUGGAACUGCUUCACCAGCUUCAGGAAUGUAUUCCAUCCUCAAUAAAGCAUCCAAUCCAGUUUGGUUACUGAUGACAUGAAGAAUUCAGUUGCCUCGGGAUAUUCCUUGCAGUUUGUCCUACAAGCUUCAGGAUAUGCUUAUAAUAUAUGCUCUUAAACAGAGGAUUUAGGGGGAAAAUUAUGGAAUUCUAUAUUACCCCCUCAAAUGGUGUGUAAUGCACUUGUGUACACAGAUGACUAAAAAGACACCUGCUCAAAUGAAAGAAGAUUUAUUCAGUGGCUCAUUGCUACAGUAAAAAUGGCGAGCAUCUCCUGCAAAUGGAUUUACAAUGUAAAACCAGGAUUGUGGAUAUGGCUGAUGAACGAAGGAACAUUAAGGAAAGAAUUCCCUGAAAGAAUGUCUGGAUAACACCAACAAGCUAAAAUUAAGAUUCAAGCAAAUCUGAAUGGCUCUGCAGAAUGUUAUUUGGAUUAUUUGUAAAAAAAUGACUAAAGUUUAAGGAAACUAUCAUAAAUAGGCUGAUGUAGAUCAUGGCUUCAAAGGAAAACAUGAAAACUGCAUUAUUACAACAUACAGUAAUUUCUAUGACAAAUCUGCAACUUGGGAGUAAUGACCAACCUAUAACUCCACACUAAUGACUGGAGAUGAAUAAAAUCAGUACACACCUAUAACAAGAGGAUAUAGUGAAUUAAACUGGUUUCAAUUUUUAUUUUGCUAUUACAAGGAGUGGGGGAGAAGGAUGGUGCCAAGCAACACAGAAGAGGAAAGAAACUAUGAACCACUGAGAACAGUGCUACUAUCCACUGAUGGAUUAAAAGAUCAUUCUUUUUCAUCGGAUUCUGCUUCAUGGAAAUGUAUUAGGAAAUUAAAUGUUUUUGUUUACUCUGCUGCUGAGGUGCUGGAACAAAAAGAAAACUAAAAUAUUCUGUCAGGCAGGAAACAGAUCGCAGCCAUCUCUCUGUUGCCAGGUGAAAACGCAUGUCAAAAUCUGUCAGUGACACCAUGUAUGAAUUUAUGACAAGCUGCUCCUGCGAGCUGAAGGGCCCUUGAGGCAACAGAAAACAGGGCAAAACAAACUUCCAACAAAAGAAUGUGUUUCUCUUCCAUUCCAGAAGUCAACAUGCAGUCUGAAUCUAACAUUACAGUUCGAGAUGCCAUUGAUGACAUCAACACCAAUAUGUACCAGCCACUGUCUUAUCCAUUAAGCUUUCAAGUGUCUCUCACUGGAUUUCUGAUGUUGGAAAUAGUAUUGGGACUUGGCAGCAACCUCACUGUAUUGGUACUUUACUGCAUGAAAUCCAACUUAAUCAAUUCUGUCAGCAACAUUAUUACAAUGAACCUUCACGUUCUCGAUGUAAUAAUUUGUGUGGGAUGUAUUCCUCUAACUAUAGUUAUUCUUUUGCUUUCACUGGAGAAUAACUCUGCACUCAUCUGCUGCUUCCAUGAAGCUUGUGUGUCCUUUGCAAGCGUUUCCACUGCAAUCAAUGUAUUUGCGAUUACUCUGGACAGAUAUGAUAUCUCUGUGAAACCUGCAAACCGUAUUUUGACAAUGGGAAGGGCUGUGAUGCUCAUGACAUCAAUAUGGGUUGUCUCCUUUUUCUCCUUCUUGAUUCCAUUCAUUGAAGUCAAUUUCUUCAGUCUUCACAGUGCAAAUACUUGGGAAAACAAGACACUCUUGUGUGUCAGUGCGAAUGAAUACCACACAGAACUAGGAAUGUACUACCACCUUUUAGUACAAAUUCCAAUCUUCUUCUUCACAGUCGUAGUAAUGCUAAUUACAUAUAGCAAAAUACUCCAAGCACUUAAUAUCCGAAUAGGCACAAGAUUUUCCACAGGACAAAAGAAAAAAGCAAGGAAGAAAAAAACAAUUUCUUUGUCUACACAACAUGAAACCACUGAUGUAUCACAAAGCAGUGGAGGGAGAAAUGUCGUCUUUGGGGUGAGGACUUCAGUUUCUGUGAUAAUUGCUCUACGACGGGCUGUAAAGAGACAUCGUGAAAGGCGAGAAAGACAGAAGAGAGUCUUCAGAAUGUCAUUAUUAAUCAUUUCAACUUUUCUUCUCUGCUGGACACCAAUUACAGUUUUAAAUACUACAAUUUUAUGUUUGGGCCCAAGUGACCUUUUGGUAAAACUGAGAUUAUGUUUUCUAGUCAUGGCAUAUGGAACCACCAUCUUCCACCCUCUACUAUAUGCAUUCACUAGACAAAAAUUCCAAAAGGUUUUGAAAAGUAAAAUGAAAAAACGCGUUGUUUCAAUAGUAGAAGCUGACCCUAUCCCAAACAAUGCUGUAAUCCACAACUCAUGGAUAGAGCCUAAAAGGAACAAGACAAUUACUUUUGAAGGCAAUGAAGUAAGACAGAAGUGUUUAGUACCUCAGGUCGUCACAGACUAGAUUUCAGUAUUCAUUAUCUUUGAAGAAUAAAUGUGUGGAAAAGAUAAAUUAAAUUGCCAAAUGAAGAUUUUUAAAAAAAAGAAUGAAUGAAUUGGCUAGAUCAUAAUUGUUUGACAUGUGUUGAAUAGAUUAGGCCUGUAUACUCUAUUACUGCAUUAGUCAAGUUGUGUGUUGCAUGGCAGUUUGUUAGAGUAACAUCAUGGGUAUAUUUUGUCAAUAUUAUGUCCUCUAAUAUACAUCUAAGUAAAUAUUUUCUUAAAAAAUA